CAACAAAAUUCGUUGGAAGCUAUUGCGCAUGCUCAACAAAGCUAUCUUAUUGUCUUCAGUGAGGGCUGUGAGGGUCAGCUCAAGAUCUUGGGAGCAGAGCUUACAUGGGAAUAAAUCGACUAAGAAAGGGACUUUAUUUCCAUAAUUCAAGUCCAAACAAGUUGAACUUCAUGAUGGAGGGCCUGGGCAAUAGUGGAAGCAAAACGGCGCAUGCGUGGAGGGUGUUGGAUUACUACAAUUACGUCAAGGUGCUGACUUGUGUCGUACGAAGGCCAUGCAGCGAUCCGCCAUGACAGUUGCCCUGUUGCACGCCUAAAUCGUCGAUUUACGCAAUAAAAUCAAGCUUUAAAGUUGGAGAAAUUAUACUCAAUACCUGGAUGCAUUCAUUUUGUUUUGCUCUUGGAUAUUCAGGAAUACAGAAAGUCAAAAUUUUGCGUGAAACGAGCGACGAAUCUUCGCGUAGCGAGACCGAUUGAUUUCGACUCCAUUUGAUUCCGUGGCGGUCACGUGCUCCGGCCAGCCUGUCCGCUUUGAUAGUUGAGCGUGAAAUGAUGGCAAGGUUUUGGGACAACCCAAAGGAUUACAUUAUUUAGGAUGAUGCAAUCAAUCAGUCAUUUGGUAUUUAACACAGUUUUAUAUUUUGAAAGGAAUACUACGCGUAGAUUGAAUAAAUUUUGCUUUGGUUUGUUGGUUCGGGGAAGCCUCCUCUUCUGAGUCAAGUUGCGUGGUCUCACCCAUUAUCGAUUCGGUCAGUGUUUUGUGCAUGGCGCUCAUCAUUUUUGUACAUUCAUGGCGCCCGCUCUAAUUGAGGCAGCGGCAUCCGUAUCGCAGAAUCCGAAACGAAAAUUUGACUUCAUAAAGACAGAUUUAUUGGAAGGAUUGGCAAACGACUUAACGAAAGAGAGAGGAAUUACAUCAACUACUGCAGGCCGCAUUUCGGAAACAAAGCCGGGCAGCGGCCGUCCUUCAACGCAAGUCGCGGAAAGGGCUUGGAAAAGCCAAGUCGUAAACAAGGAAGAUUUAAGUAAAUUGUAUCAAAAAAAUAUAAUUCAAAUGGAAGCUACAUCUGACAAUCACGGGAACAUUGAAACUAGAAAUCCUUCAUUGUUGGAUUGCGAAAAUACUGAUCAAAGUACAGGCCCCAACAUUGGGGCUACAUCAGAAACAUGUGCUCGAUCCGAAGUGGAGGGCGGGAAAACCGAGGGCAGUAGGAGUCAGCCCUAUGUAGAAUCCACGCCAUACAUUGCGUUGAAAGCAAAAACGAGCAAAGCAAAUGACAAAUUUAAGUCUCUAGAUCGUAGGGCACGAUGUUUAAAACAACGCUUGAGAAGUUUUCAAAACAAUCGCCUGUUUUCGCAUAUAAAGAGUCAAGCACUCUCCCUCGAUCAAUCUAGUAAAACGCCAAAUGACCCGCGAACAAAAAUUGACCGAAAAUCGAGUGAUACCAUGACAUUGGUAAACGAUAAGAAUAAAAGUCCAGUUUCUUUUGGCAGAAGCAAUGAGGCAAAUCCAUCGUCGAAUGGAAUAUCCAGCCCGAGUCUAAUGUCAUUGCUUAGGAACGAAUCUGCGAGGAAAACAGUGGCACAGGCCCCGAGCCCCACGCUGGAUGCUAGGUCGGACCUUUCUGAAAGAAAUAAUGGAUUGAGCAAAACAACAACAGAAAAAAAGAAGGAAGUGUUUAGUAUCCUAACAGAUGGUGUGAAGGAGAUCAUGAAUCUGGAAGAUGCAGAUGCAACGGAUCCGGAAUCCGAUGAGGACGAUAUUAUAACUCCACACAUCAAUGUUGGCCAAAGUGAAAGGGUUUCAAAUCAAAGCCAGAGGAACGGGAGUUGUUAUGAUCGAACAUGGGCAAAAGACAGAGUGAAAAUUGGCUCAAUGUGCACCUGGAUCCAAGCACAAAUAGCUGACCUUAGCCAUAAAAUCAAGAGAUACGGAGACCUGCAUCACCACAUCAAAGCCAAUAGAAAGCAGCUUGUGUUGGAAGAGAAGAGGAAGCCAUCUGCAACUGGUAUACAGCGACAAAUAGAGGAAUCUUUUCUGAGCAAAGAUGACCUGAAUGGUGAAAGCCUACAGAGCAACAUUUUUGCCAAAUUGCAAGCACAUAAAAAUGGUCUCGCCAAAGAAUUCUCUACAGACAACGAGAUGAAAUAUGAGAAGGGGUCAGGAGCAAGAACCAUACCAGUUUCAAAAUUCCCUCAGCACAAGUAUGUUAAGCAAAGCAUUGAAACUGCAUUCAGAGGUAGCAGUGUUGCAUACAAGUGUACAAAUCUCCCUGCUCCAUUUCCUUGUGCCCAGUGCCUAAAAGCAGCUGCCACUGGCUUUGGACGUCCCUUGGCUAACAUUGCAGCAGUCAACCUUGAUCACAGUUAUCAUGAGCAGUUGUCAACAAAAUAUGAUUUGCCCUUGCCUUUAUUGUUGGAAUCAAUACUGCGCAAGGAAAAGAUCUGUUCUGACAGGAAAACUUUGUCAUUGGCAGCAGAUGCUAAAAGUGCUUUGGCUGAAAAGAAAGAAGCUGGGAACAGAUCUCUGCGUGAAAGUGUGCCUGCCUCAAGAGCUCCCAAAAAUGCGAAACUACGACAAGAGAAGAAACGUCACCGGCGAUUUUCGAAAUACGGAGACGAAGAAUCAGAGAAGGAAGAAUCUCCUGUUCCAAGGAAGAAGGUGCCACCGCCAUCAGCGGCUUCGUUACUGCAACGCCGAGCCAGUAGUCUCAAAGCUCCUAGCAGUGGAAGUGGGGAGUCGCGACCGUCCACCCCUGUCACAGAGCAAGGUCUGUUGUCGGCAAGUUGCCCGGCUCCAUCUCUCUCGCAGUUGGUUAAGCAGCGAAAGACCAGGACGAGCAGCGAAUACGACAUCAACAACAUUGUCAUACCGUACUCGAUCUCAUCAUCCACUCGUCUGGAAAAGCCUCAGUACAAAGAGAUUCUAACGCCAGGAUGGAGGCCUGCACGAAGUGAUGCCGAGGAGCACCGCAAUAGUUUCAUGGAGGAAUCGGAGGACACCCGCGAUGUUGCGUACACUCAAAGACACGGCAAUUAUGAAGUCACCGAACACCACAAGUUCAAUGCCUUCUUUCAACUUCCGUUUAAACGAUCCCGUUCGAGCCGAAAAAGCUCUGAAUGCAAUACACCAGAGCCUUACUCGCCGUCACACCCCGACACCCCAUGCAGUGUCCCCACGCCGACAGACUUCAUUCUUGCCACGCCCACAUCAAGUAGCAGAUUAAACAAACAGUCGAGUUGGACUUUGACCUUGAAUUCAGAUGACGGAAAAGCGAUGCCGUGGACGAAGCGGCAAUUUCCGCUUGUUGGAGACGAUUUAGCGAAUCUAGACUAUGAUAAUCCGCCAAUUUUGACAUUAUUCGAAGAGAAACCAGAAAUUGCGGAACAACCAUCAACUGAAGAUGAUACAAAGGAAUUAACGGCGAUGGAAGAAAAACCUGUCGAGGCCAGUAAGGCUUUGCUCGACACCCCGUCUGACAAUGAGCUGGAGUCACCGCCUCCGGAGGCAACGGAACCCCCGGAGGACGAAGACGAUAGCGAGAAGUGGACGGUCAAACUGGUUACUGACCAAAAGCCGUCAACUGCUGAUCAAGGGUCGCCUCGAAAGGGAAUCGUAUUAAAGCUCGCCAAAAAGUGAUUCAUAUUUGUAUUAAAAUUUAUUAGUGUAUAGUGACUGGCUGGUUUAAAUUUUGUAUUUUACUUGUAUCUAAAUAUGUAAAGUGUAUCAAUGGAAACAGUUCGUUAUCAGG